AUGACACCUCAAAAUACGCGUAAAAGAUUCAAGUUGGAUGAUACACUGAUGGAUCAACCGUUGAGAAGCAAGCCCGUCAAUGUUGUGGUGAAAUCAAAAACUGUCAAGAGUCCCAAUGUCCAAAAACGGCGCAAAGUGGAUGGUCCCUAUUCCAGUGUUUUCGAUCACCAACACGUUGAGAUCCGAUUGGCAGACCAAAAUUGGCGAAUUAAAACUGCAGGUGCAUCCUCAGACAAUUCUCAUGAACGUUCUAAAUUGACCAAAGGAGUGUGUGGGAAAGACAAAAGUUCGGGAGCUCGGCGGCUAAAAAUCAAAAAAUCGCUCCAAGCAAUAGACUUGCCACGGCCCUUUUUGGAUGCGGAUCGGUCCAUCCAGCUUGACGAUUUCGACCAACCGCCAGAAUCUACAUCAACGCCGAUUAUAGGUAGUCCAAGACCAGCUUCUAGCGAUAUUGGUCCAUAUGGGCGUUUGAAAAACGAAUACGAGAACAGUAUCAACGACCAGGACCUUGACCCCUGGGUUUUAGACGAACAUUGGUCUGCAAGCUACUCACCACGGUAUGAAGAGCCUUUUGCACCAGGCGUAAGCCCCGCUUGGCAUCCGGGCUACAUUUACGGUAUUCCUUUAGCACCCAGCUCUCGCAACCGGAACAAAUCUGGCGUAUUGAGAUCCCAACAUACGCCUCUCAAGAACAGAGGAUUCGAAAACUUCCCGCAACAGCUUGCUGGCGGUCCAACUGUUGAGACGUAUCCUUGGUACACUGCGGGCACUACCUACAAGUCACGUAGAAACUUUUCAAGCGGCGAAAGACUAGAUGUACGCAACACUAGUCGGAAUAGCUACAAGUCCAGCGGUGGCGAGGCUACCCGCAGCUCUUAA